UAGUACACUCAAGUUGUAUCGCAACUGUCGGAGAGUGAAAGUCGGAUGCAUGACACAGCAUCUUGCAGUCACUGUGUAUUCGCAAACGGUGCUUAUCACACGCCACUAUGGGGGCCAAUCAGAGUGAUAAUAAGGACUCCAGCAAAGCAGAUAUGGUGAAGAAGAUUAAGGCCCGCGUGGCCGCCGCCGACCCGAACAAGGCUCGUGAAGUUGGCGGUGUCUUCCUGUUCAACAUCAUCAGAGGAAACUCCGUUUAUAGUUGGACGAUGGACCUCAAUAAAGUGAUAGUGUACGAGGGAGAACCGGAGGAGGACCCCGAUACCACGUUCACACUAAACGAGCAUUAUUUCAAACAACUGGUGUACGGCCGGGAGGACCCUCGCGUCAUCAUGCAGGCUGGCCGCUGUUCGGUCACCGGGGACAUCAUGAGGGCAAUGAAAUUGGAACCCUAUAUUAAGAUAGAAUAAAGAACACAACGUCUUGAUUAGUUACACUCCAGUUAAAACUGGUUAGUUGAUUAGAUUUAUUUUGUUUAAUUCCGAAGAUUGACUACUAAUAUUAUUACCAAAAGUUCUACGACCUUCCAUAUUAGCCAUCAAUCUUCGACCGCCAUACCGUCCACGCACGUUUUGCACCACGUGUUUCACGUCUAAACAACAUCUUCAUGUAUAUUAAUAGAUCGCUACUUAAGAAGCCUAAUAUUAGCGGUUCAGCGCCCAAACUGCGAAGACUCAUUUUUAUUUUAGUCGCACGCAUAUUAAUGGUAGCGGAAUUAAACAAAAUAAUCCUAAUCAACCAACCAGUGAUUUGCUCUACCGUAAAAUAACAUCUAGUUCAGUAAAAUACUCUGAAGUUAUAAAUCUAGAGACUCGAUCGCAAAUGGAGUACUAAUUUAGAAUCUAAAGCGAUCACUGAGAAAUAUACUCACAAUUAGUCUAAUUCUUACCUCCAGUCGUUUGGACUAUACCAAGCGCGUUGGACAACUGGUUAUUCCUUACACUGUGGUUAUAUUAUAAAUGUAGAGUAUCCUUAUUACGUUACGUUUACAUCUCAACUUUAUGACAUAAAAGCAAUGAAAAUAGACUCUUAUAUUAAGCUAAAAUAAGGGCGAAAAUUCCUUAAUUAAAUGUGGCACAAGCUAAAAUAAUUUUAAAAUGUUAGUUAAUAAAAGGUAAUGCCAAUCAAGAAUGCAGAGAUAAGAGAUCGCCACUUUUUUACUCACCUUUAUUUAUUUAUUUAAUAAUAAUUAAUGGCUUUAAAUAUUUUACUAAUAACGAUUAUAAAAUCAUCGUCAUCAUCAUAUCAGCUUCUAACUGUCCACUGCUAAACAUAAACCUCCCCCAAGGGGAGAUUUGCCAAUACUUGUCACGCUUGGCAGGCGGAUUGGCAACCGCAGUUAGACUUUAGAGGUGUUUUAAGAGGCCAGCCCUCGCCUUCCCUUAGUCGCCUCUAACGACACUCACGAGGAAGGAAGGAAUGGCCUAUUCUAUGCCGGGACACACAUAGCGAAAGUUCUAAAAACCCGUGCAAAGCCGGGUCGGAACGGUUAUAAAAUAUUUCUAUUUAAUUUUUAAAAAUUGUACCAAGUAUUGUAACACAUUAAAUUUCGUUUUUAGUUUUAAAUAAAAAUCGAAAGUUACAUGUAAGUUCAUUGACACGAAUUUUAUGUCGAAAACGAGUUCGUUUAGAAAUCAAUUAGGUUCGUAUCUCAUCUCGCUAUAAUAUAAUAUAAAUUUGUAAAUAUAAUUCUAGUUGUAGCUUUAAAGUAUUAUAUUUUUGUCUAUCUGUGUAAUCAAUGUACUUAUAAAAAUUUCAUUGACA